AUGGAAAAUAUGCGUAAUUAUAUCAAUGCUUUAAUUAUUGCAAUUAUCAUAUGCAUCGGUUUGGCUAUAACAAUACCAGUAUUAUGUUUAUGUAUCUGUUUAAUUCGUUUCUGUUAUAUUGCUCGUAAGCAAACGAAACCAGAAACGAUGAAAUAUUCAAGAGAAAUAAUCCAAGCUAUUUCUUCCGCACACCUGUCAAAUUCAAUGAAUAAUUUGAAAUCAAAAAUUGCCACACCUGUGAUUGAUCCGACGACGACAUUCAUCGAUCUGUCUAAAAAUGGACAACAAAUUACAAAGCAACAGCUAAAUCAAUUAAGAAAUGAACAAGAAUUGAAGAGUAAUGAUUUUUCAGUAACCGGUGACAUAUCUAAAAUAUGA